UCACUGUACUCAACACUGACCUCAUAGGCAAACCAUAUUCAACGGAAUUUUAGCUUAAAUGCAAGCAGGAAGAAUUUGUUGGCCAGUGUAGUUCAUCAUUAUCAACAACGAGCAUCACGUCCAUAACAAGAGACGCUGGGACCUUAAAAAAGAUAAGCAGCUAAAGUGCUAUUUGGGCUUCCUAAGUAAGUGUAUGACUGGGCAUUUGGUUCAAAGGAUGUCCAACUGUUUGUCCCGAUCCCGCACAAUCACGGCGUAUGAAGCACAGUUUAUCACAUCCCAGCCCACGGACAUGCAGAAAGCCUCCAGGCUGAUACAGAUUGUCAUUAAAAAAGGCCAAAAUGCAUGCAGUUCGUUCCUCACAUGCCUUGGGAUUUGUGACCCGGUGUUGUAUGAGAAUGUUACAGGAUUUCCAGCACAAUUUAAGCAAGAGGACCAUCAACAUGAAGAGGAAAUUCCUUUUUCAGAAAAAUUGCAAUUUACACCUUGUAUUAUAAACAUACAAAACUCUUCCCUGACCAACUGUAUUAUUGGGAACAACAAUAGCCAAUGCAUUACCUGUGACCAGCAUUAUUUGCUCACUCAGAAUGAUGCAAACAAUGUGAAUGAAAUGGCGGACAGUCAGAGCCAUGAUCAGCUGAUCCCAGUGCAGGAGACAAUAAGUGGCAACAGCAUUCACAUGGAGAGAUCCAACAUAGAGUAUGUUAUUAUAGGUGACCAUAACAGUAUGACAGUCACUGAGAGCUCGGAGGCUGAGGAAGAUACAGAGAUUGAGCCUGAAGUGAUUAGUUAAAAGAUGUGAAAUAGUGGGCAGGAGGUCAGACCCACAGUUUUGGAGAGCUGCAGAUUGUCAACUCGCCUUAACAGGCCUGACUUAUGAUUGUACACUGGAAGCGUAAUAUAUGCUUUAAACUGACCUAUGCUCAGGUCUUCAGCAGGAGCUGCCAAGCACACUGAAACAUUAUCCUUUAUCGUGGAUUUUUCUAAACCUGUGUGCCUUGAGGUGGCAAUGAUAUUUGAUACUGCUUUAAUUGCUACUGAACAUGACUGCUACUGAAGGUUUUAAUGGGUAUGCCGAUAUUUAUUUGCUAAACUGUAUGAAACUGUAUGAAAGUAAAUGUGUUGACUGACACUGCAAUCAGUUGUUAUUCAGUCUUUUAUAAGCUUUCUGUAAAUAUACAUAAAUGUUGUUUACACAGGCUUGUGUCUUUUCAGUAAUAUUUGUAUAUUUAACUUAACUUCUAUAUAUAAAUUAAAUAUCUAUUGACACUGUGAUGGAUAUUCUCCUGAUGUUUCAUUAGUUAUUCUGUAAUAGCAGUGUAUUUCUGUAUUCUUUUUUUUUUAUUUCUAAUUAUUUUGUUCAUAUUACUAGGUGAUAAAACCUAUGAUGUACUGUACAGUCAUUUUAUGUACUGAAUAAGGCAUGUAGCUGACACGUGUGAUUUUGGAGUGAUAUUUUGAAAUAAAUGUGAAAUUUGAGUGUUCUCUCAGCUGA